GUUCCCGCGACAGUUUCGAGUGCAUAGCCGACCGGAGAGGAACGAAGAACAUCCAACGAUGGAGCCGAAACAGGAUUCGCCCGUCUACGCCAACUACGAGGACAUGCGAAACUCCGGUCCUACGAGCUCUACGGCCUACAUGGUCAACAUGGGCCCCGGUGGACUGGCUCCCGAGGACCCAGUUCGGACUCCCGGACCCACUCAGCAGUACCGCGGCUUCAAGACCUCGGAGAACGAGCCGAAGGGCUUCAUGGAGUGGGUGGUGACCUUCUUCUCUGUGCUGGUCUUCAUCAUCACCUCGCCCAUCGCCAUCUUCAUCUGCUUCAAGGUGGUGGCGGAGUACGAGCGGGCGAUUAUCUUCCGGCUGGGCAGGCUGAGCGGCGGGGCGCGUGGUCCGGGCAUGUUCUUCAUCCUGCCGUGCAUCGAUGAGUACCGCAAGGUGGACCUGCGGACGGUUACCUUCAAUGUGCCGCAGCAGGAGAUGCUGACAAAGGACUCGGUGACGGUCACCGUGGAUGCGGUGGUCUACUAUCGGAUCAGCGAUCCCCUGUACGCAGUGAUUCAGGUGGAGGACUACAGCUUAUCCACCCGCCUGCUGGCCGCCACCACGCUGCGGAACAUCGUCGGCACCCGCAAUCUCUCUGAGCUGCUCACCGAGCGCGAGAUCCUGGCCCACACCAUGCAGUCCACUUUGGAUGAGGCCACCGAGCCCUGGGGCGUCAUGGUGGAGCGCGUGGAGAUCAAGGACGUCUCCCUGCCGGUUUCCAUGCAGCGUGCCAUGGCCGCCGAGGCAGAGGCCGCCCGCGAUGCCCGUGCCAAGGUGAUUGCCGCCGAGGGCGAGAAGAAGUCCGCCACGGCCCUCAAGGAGGCCUCCGAUGUCAUCUCCUCGAGCCCCUCAGCGCUGCAGCUGCGCUACCUGCAGACCCUGAGCAGCAUCUCGGCGGAGAAGAACUCCACGAUCAUCUUCCCCCUGCCCAUGGAGCUGCUGACCCCGUACCUGGCCAAGUACGCCCACUUGAUGGGGCCGCCACCGCAGCCUCCGCAAGAGCAGGAGAAGUCAGACAACCUGCUCUUGAACGCCCAGGCCGCUUGGCCCAAGACAAACCUAUGAUAUAACCGAAACGUAUUGCGCAGAGAUCGCAGAUCUUGAGUAUUUCUCCUUUUUUUCGCAAAGGAAAACGGUAUUAGAAAGUUAUAAAAUAACUGAUAUGGUUUAUAUUUGAUUAUUCUAUUAAAUUCUAAUUGACAUUGCGGAAAA